AUGGACCCAUCCCUACGGCAGAAGGGAGGCCGUCUGCAGAUUGAUACAUCUUUGAAGCCACCUUCGUUGAAAAUACCGGAGACACACGGAUCCCAUGGACACGCCCAUGGCAAAGCCCGUGUUCCACACACGAAGAUCUAUUUUCAUGUAGCAUGCUCCACCUCGCCUGGCGAGUAUGUCCGUGUUGUCGGCGACCAUGAAAGCCUUGGGAGCUGGCAGUCCAAAAGAGGUAUACAGUUGGAGACCAACGAUGACAUAUACCCCGUUUUCAUCUCGCCCAAUCCGAUUUUCGUAGAGCUGCAUGCGCGUGUGCAGUACAGAUAUGUACUUUGCGGCCCUGAUGACGAGCCUAGGGAAUGGGAGGGAUCCGAGCAAACGCGCUCGCUGAUAGCCAAUGGAACGGAGAUGACCAUGGAAGAUGAUGAUGGAAUCUUUCGGCAAAAGGUCGGCUUUAACGAACAGCAGGAUAGCGACGAUGAGUUUGACGAAAUGUACCACAUACAAACCAGGUCGUCGUUGGUGAAGAACAUGGACACAGAUCAGAAGCGGUCAUUCCUCAAAGAGGUGCUGGAAGACCAAAUCGAGAUAGGUGCCAGGGACACGAUCUUUAUGCUUGCCUUCCAGCUCCCCGUGAAAGUUUUCAAGGACAGUGGCGGGACCUGGAGGCUCAGCGAAAAGGCGCCCAAUGAUGGCCGCAACUUCGCUUUCCUGCCGCUCUUGCAGGAAGUCAAGGACAAGAAGAAGCUGAAGGUUGUCAAUAUUGGUUGGCCGGGUGUGCACCCCGAGAACGACAGGGAAAAGAGAGAGAUCGAAAAGCUGCUUGCAGCUCAUGACUUCGUCCCGGUUUUCCCUCCGCGAGCGGAGUUUGAGGCGUUCCUCAACUUCUGUCGCACGUUCCUUUGGCCCGUGCUUCAUGACAGCAUGCAGUUCUUCCAGUCGGCGAAGGGUGAACCCUUCAGCGAGCAGGGCUGGGCAGCAUACCAACACAUCAACAACAUCUACGCCUUAGCUGUGGUGCCUCACACACAUGAGAACGACUUGAUCUUCAUUCAGGACUACCACAUGCUGAUGACCCCAACCUUCAUUGCGCGGAAGAUUCACAAAGCAAACAUUGGGUUCUAUCUCCAUGCACCAUUUCCGUCCUCGGACAGUUUCAAGACCCUCCCAGUGCGUGAGGAGAUUCUGGCAGGCAUGCUUAGCGCCGACCAAUUAGGGUUUCAGUUUUUCUCUUACGCUCGGAACUUCCUCGUGAGCUGCAAGCGAGUGUAUGGUCUUGAUCCUACUUUCCGAGCUGGUGGCUUCACGGGCCUGGAGUACAACGGGAGAACGGUCAUGAUCAAGGUCGCGCACUUUGCGUACCCUUACCAGGCCAGCAUCAAGGUGGUGAACACCGAAGAGGUGCAAAAGGAGACCUUGAAGAUUAAGCAACUCUUUGAAGGAAAGACGAUCUUCGCAUGCAUGGACAGGGCCGAUGGCUUGGCUGCCCUUAUUCCCAAGUUUCAAGCCUUCAGGCAGUUCUUGAAGGAGAGGCCAGAGCAUCAGGGAAAGGUAAUCUUGAUCCAGUACUGCUUUGAUUCUCUGGGUGUCAAGGAUGCCAACACAGCGGCCCAGCUUCGUGCGGAAGCCGAUGCUUUGAUCAAUGGCCAGCUGGAGAUCACAACGAAGGACGGAGGAUCGCCUGAUGAUUGCAGCAUCUUCCUACGUUUCGAAAGGAUCGAGCGAACAGACAGGCUAGCACUAUUCAGGGCUGCUGAUGUGCUGCUAGACACUAGUGCCAAGAAUGGCCUGAAUCUCAUGCCGUUUGAAUUUGUGGCCGCGCACCACGACAUGGAUGACAAUAAGGCAUGCAUCGUCAGCGAAUUCUCGGGUUGCAGUCGAGUGCUUUUGGGGUCCUUGCGUGCCAACCCGUGGAACAACUCUGCACUUUGCGGCAUCAUGCAGCGAGCCCUCACCAUGACAGAGGAGGAGAGGAAGGAUCGGUUUCAGUGCAAUCUGCAGUAUGUCUCGCAGAAUUCUCCAAUGGUCUGGUUCGAAGAUUUCCUGACCGACUUGAAGCGAGCGAGAAAGAAAGAUGACAUCAGAAUUGAAAGUAUUGGCUUCGGUGCCAAAAUCCGCCAGGUCGCCAUCGGCACGAAUUUUCAGAAGUUGCCCAUCGAUGGGGUUCUACAUGCUUUUCGUCAGGCCAGAACGCGUGUCUUCUUCUUCGACAACGAAGGCACCUUGGCCACAGACAAGAGGCAUGUGUACCGUCAGUAUGGCGCACACAUGGGCGACCUCACAGACCUGCAAAGCCGCGGGUCGGCUCCCAAUCAACAAGUCAUGGACUGCUUGCAAACCCUGUGCUCGGAUAACCACAACAUUGUGGUGAUUCUGAGCGGCCGUAAUCGUGAAAUGAUGGAAGGGUGGUUUGGGAGCGUGCCCCGCUUGGGCUUGGCAGCAGAACGCGGAUUCUUCUACAAGAUGCCCUUCAACACGGGGGGACAGUGGCACUGCAUGGUGCAGCGGCCAGACUACACAUGGAAGUCUUUUGCCUUCGAGAUCAUGCGGAACUUUGUGAAGCGAACACAGGGGAGCUUCAUCGAGAACAAGGGCAGCGCCUUGGUUUGGCAGUAUCGGGACGCGGACCCCCACUUUGGAUCUUGGCAGGCCAAGGAGCUCAGCAGCCAUUUGAAAGAGUUGCUCAUUGGCUAUGACCUCGAGAUCUUGGAAGGCAAGGGCUACGUCGAGGUCAAGGUCAGUGGCGUGAACAAGGGCGUGGCCGUGACCAAGGCACUCACCAAGGUGUCGCAGUCCUUCGGCGAGGUAGACUUCAUUCUAUGCAUUGGUGACGACCGCAGUGAUGAAGACAUGUUUGAAGUGGUCAAUCAGAUGCUAGAUCCCGCAGAUGAGUUGGAGACGCCUUCGCAGGUCAGCCAAACUGAGGAUAGCUCGGAGAACGACGAGAGCGUUUCGAAGUUGAAGGAGGAGGUGGGCUUUGUGGCUUUGGUGGAGACCUCCGAGGGAGUUUGUACUGUGCCACCACGCCAGGACCCUCCAACCAGCACUUCACAGGUGCCUCCAGCUGCCCACGGCUAUGCAUCGCAAGCUGCAGGAGCACGGGCGCCAAUGCCGGCGAACGACUCCGAUGAUGACUUGACCGGUUGGGCGCAGUGUGAGACGGUCCCGGAGCUCCUGCCGCACCUCGAGUUCCACGAAUAUGAGGAGGUUUACGACAAGUGGAGCAAGGGAGGGAUCACUACUGAUGCGGUGGCUCGCAGCUAUGGCAAGCAGGUGGUGGAGAUGCUGCAGGCCCAGUUCGUACUCAGUGCGGAGGUGGACUCAGAAAAGGAAGGGCUGACCCAACUUGACGAAGGGGACACCGUCGUGAACCAGAGAGAUGUCUGUACCCAUCAACUCGGGUCGAGGACGGGCUGCGCCGGAGUGCGGAAGCGAUGGGAAGGAGGAGAUUCCAUGGCUCUUCGGCCCAAUUCCACCCUUGAUGGAACUUGCUGGGCUGAAGCCUCAAGCAUUGACAUACUUGGCCGUAGCGAGAUCGGCAUCGCCCUCGCCGGCCUCCACUCUAGCCCAGAGCAGAGCAUCGAGCGUGAGUUCGGCAUCGUUUAUGCCUUCUCCCCUCGUCUCUGUCCCUCAGAGGGCUGCCAGGGCAAGCAGCGAGCCGCCGCCCAUCAGAUGGAUCAGUCCUUGCGCUCCAUGUGCUCCCGCCACUCCUGCCAUGCCGGCGAGAAGUGCUGCAUUCCACCUGUCUCCAAGAAUCUCCACAUUGUCGCCCUCACCGGUGUUCCAAAGCAGGACACCUUUUCAACUUAG